GAGAGUUACCUGUUAUGCAUGAAUUUACCUUCAUAGUAUAAGCUCAAUAAAUUAUUAAUAUACGAAGUGUCUUUACCAAUCAUUGUGUAGUAUAUAAUCAAACAUACCAGAUGAUGAUGAAAUGAAAUCAGUCGGAUCCUGUAGGAAUAAAUAGCUUGUAUUACAGGAUUAGUAAAUUAUCUUAUUCGUUAGUACUUUUCAUUGUACCAGGACUUAAUUUCGUGAUCCGGAAAUUCGUGCUGCUGUUCAAGACGACCAUGGAGCUGACCCGCGAGGGUGACAGCAAGGUCAAGGUCGUCAUGAAAACAGGAAAGACGUUAGAGGCCGUCAUGGACUUCUCACAGGAGUACGAGGGCGAUGACGGAUUCGAUAACAAAAUUAUGGUGAAGGCCACGUGGGAACCGUCAACAAAGAAAAUGAUUGCCGAGACCACACCCAUUGAGGGAUCAAAGGCCAAACGAUCCAUCGUAGAGAAAAGUCUCAUGCCAGACGACAAUAACAUGAUGCUGGAAGUGGUGACAUUGCCCGACCACAACGUAACAUGCAAGCGAUACUUCAAGAAGGAAAGCAUGCCGUAAUCUGCUUCAAAACUAGAUUUACAUUACUCGUUUUUGAAUUGCAUCAUGUUGCGAUUUAUUAUAAGUUUAGUAUUGUACAGUUGAACGUGCAAGGAUCCUACUUAUCAUGAUAAUGAUAUAAUACUUUAAUUACCCCACCGUUUUCUAAAUGAACUAGUAUAAUGUUAUUUGAAGAAAUGUUUGCUGAUAAACCGGUAUAGGGUUAUGACUUUCAAAUACAAGCUCGAAACCAGCCACGUCUUGGAGGUUUGUUUUUACCUACAAGCAGAUCUGUGGGGUGGGUUUUGUUAAUGUUGAUUUAACGGCAAUUCUACACAAAAAGGUGAUUUCUCGACGCUUUUUAAUUAUAACAUUGACAUGAAUUAAGAAAUUAAAACUUAAUUUUGUUA